AUGGCAGAUAAAAUCAUCUAUUCCUGCUUGUUGUCCAAGAUUGCCAUCAUUCUAUCGGUCGUCAGUUUGUUGUUGUGCUGUGGUGUGUUUUUCAGAACGGAAUUGAUGCUAAACAAGCUGUAUUCAAGAGGCACAAAGCUGGCGGACAAGACGACUUCAAAAAACGACAUGAAUGAUGGCAUGAAUCGAUUCGACAAAGAUCAUCCUUCAGUACAGAGAGAACAAACAAAACCAAAUGAAGAAAUUGUACAAAGAAAAGUAAGAGAUACUACAAUGCGAGUUAACAGCACAAUUAAUAUACUGACUGACGAGUUCUUAUCCAAAAAAAUUGACCAAAAGAUUGGGAAAGCAGUUGCCAAUUUACAAUCUGCCAAAUACUGGAUUCCCAUUCCAGGACCUCCUGGUCCACAAGGAAAACCUGGUCCAAAAGGACCGAGAGGACGCAUGGGUAAAACUGGACGUCGAGGUAAACGAGGCCCACGUGGUUUUCCUGGAAAGGUCGGACUUCCUGGUCCCAGAGGAAUGCCUGGACCAAAGGGACCAAAGGGACCAAAGGGAGAUCGUGGUCCUUCCUUAGCACGUCCAACAGUACUCAUUUCACCAACACAUCUCAUCGUCAAUGAAAGCCAGUCCGCCAUCUUACAUUGUUCCUCUAGUGGUUAUCCUCGACCUGAUGUUGUGUGGAGUAAAAACAACGGUACAUUACCACACAANGAGGACUGGGACGGAACUAGGAAGUAUGCCAAAUAUGGUAGUUUUAGUGUUGGUGAUGAAUCGGACAAGUACAGGCUGAGGGUUGGCUCGUAUUCAGGUACUGCUGGGGACUCGUUGAUAUCUAAGCAUAACAACAUGGCGUUUAGUACAAAAGAUAGAGAUAACGACAAGAAUAGUGAUUGCGCAGACCUUUACAAAUCUGGAGAGAGACGUAACGGUGUGUACACAGUUCAACCCGACAAGCAGCCUGCAUUUCAAGUCUAUUGUGACAUGACAACUGACGGUGGGGGUUGGACUGUGUUUCAGCGAAGACAAGAUGGAUCAGUCGUUUUCUUUCGCAAUUGGCAGAAAUACAAAACAGGUUUUGGAAAUCUGAAUGGCGAGUUUUGGUUGGGUAACGAUUACAUCCAUCGACUGACAGCAAGAACACCGUCGAGUCUACGCGUUGAACUAGAGGACUGGGACGGAACUAGGAAGUAUGCCAAAUAUGGUAGUUUUAGUGUUGGUGACGAAUCAGACAUGUACAGGCUCAGGAUUGGGUCGUAUUCAGGUACUGCUGGGGACUCGUUAGCAUGGAAUAACAACAUGGCGUUUACUACAAAAGAUAGAGAUAACGACAAGGACAAUGGCAAUUGUGCUACGUCCUGGACUGGUGCCUGGUGGUAUAAUAGUUGUCAUUAUGUCAAUCUGAAUGGAAAGUACCUUGGAAACAAGAUGGCGGCUGAAUUGUCUGAGAUCAAAAUGUACCUUCCAAAGAUCAUUCAAGCCUUGGGGGCCUUGCAGUUAGAAAAGAAAAUACCAGGACCGAGAGGACCACCAGGUCAGUCCGUAGUACCACCACGAUCAGUAAUUAUAUCACCUCCACGUUUGGUCAUCAAUGAAAGUCAGUCUGCCAUCUUGAAUUGUUCUGCCAGUGGAUAUCCACAACCUGUUGUUGCGUGGAGUAAAGUCAAUGGUUCAUUACCAAAAGAGAGAUUUCUUGUCGACAGUAGCGGGAAACUGGAAUUGAAGAAUGCCACUAUUCCUGAUUCAGGGACGUAUCAGUGUAAAGCUUCCAAUAUUCUUGGCAGUGCAGAAGACAAAUCAGAAAUCGAAGUGAACUUUAGUCCUCGAGUAUCCUUAAUGAAAGGACCAAUCUACGAAAUGGUUGGUGAUGAUAUUCGUCUACCCACCUGUCAUGUGACAGGAUUCCCUGAACCAAAAGUCACGUGGUCUAAGUCUAUUGGUUCUUUGCCUAAAAAUCGUUUUGUUUUCAGAGAUGGACAGUUUACUGUACUAAAAGCGAAAACAGAUGAUUCGGGCACAUAUGUUUGCAAAGCUGAAAAUCGUCUUGGAUCUACUGUAGGAUCUCUUUUCGUAAAUGUUAUCGAUCUGCCUGUGUUUGUUGUCAAGCCACCAUUGUCGUAUACAGUUCUUGUAGGGACAACUGUAGUGUUAAACUGUACCGCUAAAGGUGACCCUCAGCCUGUCAUCAGCUGGAGAAAAGACAACGGCGUUCUUCCUGUUGGUAGAUAUGAAGUGAGAGAUGGCUCUUUGAUUAUAAGGAACGUCAAGAAAACAGAUUCGGGUUCGUUUGUGUGCACUGCUACGAGUGCUGGUGUAUUCAAAAUAGAGACUAGACCAACACUAUCUGUAUACUGGAGAAACUGCGCAGGGUUUUACAAAAUAGGAGAGAGACGUAACGGUGUGUACACAGUUCAACCCGACAAGCAGCCUGCAUUUCAAGUCUACUGUGACAUGACAACUGACGGUGGGGGUUGGACGGUGUUCCAACGAAGACAAGAUGGAUCGGUUGAAUUCUAUCGCAAUUGGCAGCAAUACAAAACUGGUUUUGGAAAUCUGAAUGGCGAGUUUUGGUUGGGUAACGACUACAUCCAUCGACUGACAGCAACAACAGCGUCGAGUCUGCGCGUUGAGUUGGAGGACUGGGACGGAACUAGAAAGUAUGCCAAAUAUGGUAGUUUUAGUGUUGGUGAUGAAUCAGACAAGUACAGGCUGAGGGUUGGCUCGUAUUCAGGUACUGCUGGGGACUCGUUGAUACCUGGUCAUAUCAACAUGGCGUUUAGUACAAAAGAUAGAGAUAACGACAUGUCGAGUCGUGGUAACUGUGCUAAAUCAUAUACCGGUGCCUGGUGGUAUAGUAAUUGUCAGAAUUCUAAUCUGAAUGGAGAGUACCUUGGAAACAAGAUGUCGGCUAGAGGAAUUAUUUGGCACUAUUUUCAUAAAAAUGAUCAAAGUUUGAAAAAAUCUGAAAUGAAAAUGCGUCUUAGUGGAUUCUAA